CGUGGAGGAGUCAGCAAGUAAGACCUUGCGCUCAUUUGCUCACAAAAGUGAAUGUGGCUGCGAGAGAGAGAGCGAGAGAGUGAGAGAGAGCGGGAGAGAGGAGGGAGGAGUGAGCAGAAGAGGGAGGAGUGUUUGAGAUAUUGUCAUCCAGUCCUGUCAGGGAACAGACGAGAACGGCAGCGGGAAGCGUCAGCAAGUUACGGGAUACGGACGCGGAGAAGAGCAACAAGGGAGCGAGGCGCAAAUAAAAGGAAUACACAUGGAGCCACAUCUGCAAGGGGCAACGAUGGAAUGACAGAAAAAGAGAAAGCAUUUUGUUGCUUCCGGCCUUUCCUAUCUCUUCCCACUUCUGUUUGGAGCAUCCCACAGUGAAAACACAUACAUAUGAUAUAUAUCUAAAAUUCCUCUACAUAUAUAUCAAAUUAUGCCUGUUUUCAAAGAAGUUGCAGCUGGACAAGGAGAGAAUUGACAACAAUUGGGUUGAGUGAUUGGGGGGGGGGGGGGGGGGAGAUAAUAUGCAACAAUUUUCCCUAAACUGUUGCAUAUUAAUAGAUUGGCAUUGUUUUGGGUCACUUUUUGUUCAGGUGCUCAUAAUGUGAAUGGAACAUUUGAGCAACUUAAACCUGAGCCAGCCUCCAAAAGAACAAAAGAGCAUCUGCUGCAGUCCAAGAGAGCUUCCUUUGAAAAUAGGACAUGUUUUGAUGUGUCGAUGGUAGCACGCUCGUGUUCCUGCUCCUGCUGCUGCUGUUGCUGUUUGGGCUGUCGCAUCACCUCUUCACCGUCGUACUCCACAACGAGCUUGGGGAAAUUCAUUCUGGCCAAACUUAUGCCAGUGAACAACUCCAAAGUGCAGAGAGAGCAAGUCUCUCUUGACCUCACGCUGAUAUUUUAUUAGCGUCGCUAACAAUCCGGCUUGGAAAGCAAUCAUGUAUUUUGCAGAAGAACGAGAGUGGGGCAUUUCAAAUUAAGGGUAGGAAGGAGUUGCUUCCUUUUUAAUAGACAACCAAAUAAAUCCAGCAUCUUUUUUUGAUUGCAUCUCUUGUGCAGCAUCACUUUGAGCUCCAACAUCACCCCCCCCUUUUUUUUUUUUUUCUUCCUCAAGUAGGACAAGGCUAAACAGACAAUAGCUGGUGUCCAGGCUCUGUUACAAAUCGUGGGAUGCAAAGAUAGGAGAGCUUGCAAGGGGCGGGCGGAAGGGAAACAGGAGGGGGGUCAAGCAAAAGCAGACUGGGUCCAAAAAGCCACUGGACUCCCUGAGUGGUAACUGGAAGCCACUGUGUGUAUGUUGUGUGUGAGUGUGUGUGAGGACAAGACACCACCACACGUGGAAAGGGAGAGACGCCUCUGGACAGUCGGCAUCUGAGGAUUACAGCUGGAUGAGUGCCCAGAGUUUCCUUUUAAACAACAGCUGCCUGUUGGCUCCUUGACUGAGAAUAAAUUGGGGAAAAACAAAAAAACGAUGCCUACCACUAAAAUAAAAGAACAAUUGUGCAUCCAUGAUGUCAGCGGAAAGAUGAAAGAUACGAGUUAAUCGAGCGGAGUGGAGGAGGCAACAGAGAACUCCCGUGAGAGACGACACACUCCGGUGAGUUUUCCUUGGGACGUCGGAAGUGAUUUGGCGCCGCUUAUCAGAUGUGUUAGCCACUCAGGAAUACGAGAAAUGUCCCUCGAAUUGAGAAAUCCUCCGAGAUGGGAGUUUGGGACUCUUUGUGAGUCUUAGAAGAACCCCCCCCCCCCCCCCCCCACCUGUUCUUCUUUUGACACUUUCACAGAUUGUUCUUUGACUGAGCAAAGUGAGAAACAGAUUGCAGGAAAUGCUCCAAAAACGUUUAUUUGUGGCCAGCGAGCUUCUUUAAACUGGAUCCACCGCAAGGAUUUGUUUCCAACUUCUGGAUGUCAAAUGGAAUUGUGAAAGGUUCUUUUAUGUUGGCUCUUUCGAUUACACAUCAGCACUGAGGCAUCAAGACCAAGGACCUAAGAUGUCUGCCUACACGCGACCGAUGCUGGUUAGCAUUCUUCUAGGUUUGAGUUCUCUGGGUGGUCUACACCGUCGGCCUUUGGGCCUGGUUUCAGCCCAGGUUCCUUCGAGUAACCUCACGACCGAGCCCUCGGUGUUACCGGAGGCCGCCCUGGCGACACCGACCCCGGACUCGGAGGAUAAAACUCUAGGCGGCGCUAAUCGUUGCUGGGGCUACUACGACGUGAUGGGCCAGUGGGAUCCACCGUUCAAUUGCAACGCGGGGAUCUACAGCUUUUGUUGUGGCUCCUGCUUCUACCGAUUCUGCUGCCAAUUCAAAAUCCACAGUUUGGAUCAGACUUCCUGUUCAAACUACGACACGCCCGUCUGGGCCAACACCGGGAAACCGGCGGCGCCCGUCACAGAGGUCCAUCAGGAACCAGACCGCGAUCGAACCCACAUGAUCGUGUAUAUUAUCUGCGGCGUGGUGGCCAUCAUGGUUCUCGUCGGAAUUUUCACCAAGUUGGGGUUGGAGAAGAGUCGAGGUGGACAGACGGACAUGACCAAUUCCAGGACUUUGACAGAGCUGCUGAAGCAGCCAGGCGAGGCGGGAGUUGUAGAUGGAACCGGAAUACAGCACCCUAUAGGGACCAACGGGAUCUCGGCCAGGGCGUUACGCUCCAACAACGACCAUAACCAUUUGAAUAAUGCAGCCCUGUCUCCUCUGGGCCCAGCCAUGGCCUUGUCUCACCCUCAUAACAACCUGGGAAUCGGUUUCAAUAAGUAUUCUUCACUCAAGGGUGUAGAUACAACUCCGAGAGACUACUACAAGAGCUACCCGAUGGUAGUUGAUUACACCCACCGCCAGUCUCCUCCUACUUUCCAGCCGAUCAACUUCCACCCAAAGGAAAAGCCUUUCCUCCCGCCGCCGGACAUCCACGCACCGCUGGCCAUCACCAUCAACGCCUCCCAAAUCCCUAAACCCAAGAUAUCCAAAACCAACACCCACCCGCUCACGUCGGGCUCUGCUUUUAAAGUCUGGGACCCCAGCAAGAGCCACGUCCAGCGCCCGGCCGCGUCGCAUAUGGUCCUCCAGGGCCCGCAGCACCACCACACCAUCCAGCAGCAGCAGCUGCAUCACCAAACGCUGCACCAUCAACCCAACAGCCGGCGUCAAGCCUACUCCAACAAACGUCAGUUCAGCAUCGAGACGCUGCCGGAGCUCUUCUCCCAACCGCUGGGUUACGGCCAUUCGCCGCACAUGCACCCCAAGCACAAGGGACUGCCUACUAACAGCAAGACAGAGGUCACCGUUUGAACAUGAAGACAUCCCAAAAAAAAAGAUGGGCUCUGAUAUCUUUUAUAUCCACGGCCUAACUGAACUGCAGGGAAGGGCAGGCAAAUAUCGUGUAUGAUAAGAUUUUUUUUUUACUGCCUUUUCAUUAUCAUUACUGAUAAUAAGAACAUGGCCGUGCUUUGUAAGAGCCGAACAGCAGACAAACCGAGAAGGUGAUGUAAAUAAUCGUUGGCAUAGCAGCUCGACUCAAUUGCACACACUGGCAAGAAUUCCCACAUGAAGUUCCUAUUUACCCCCGCACGCACCAGCGCUACCCAUUUGAGUCCUAUCAGGGUCUGCUCGGGCAGUGUUUUGGCCCCAAGACUGUAGCUUCCCAUCAGCAGAGACAAUGCCAUCAAGUUGUCAGUUCCCACCACCCUCCAGCCCAAGGGAGGGUGAGAGAUCAGCCUGGCAAUUCAUAGCAGAGAAGGGGGACUGAGGGUUAUUUUGCCUUAUUCCAGGGGCGAAUAAAAGAAUGAGAACCACAACAGUGGCGCAAAGUACACACUUGUCAAAAAUUACAGAGGUCCGCCAGGAGCGUUAAAGACCACGGUUGCAUCCACCCGCCCCCAAAGCAGGCACAAAUACAUAAUAUUCCUCUCUCAGCCCCGGAAAGUGCACAUGAAUAAGAAAGCUCAGUUGUGUAAGAUUCUAAUUCCAGUUAAACUCCCUUGUGUUCCCUCCAGUGGUAGUUCAAAAUGUUCCACAAUAGAAAAAAGAUUGCAACCAUCAAGGUAAUUCAUCUCAUCAAAAGAGUUCAUAUUUUCACACCAGCAUGAUGAUUUUCCUGGUUGUAAAAUAUGCCUGCUUGAAUC